GGCUGGGAAAUGCUGUCAGUCGGAUUUCUUCCUUCUGUCUAGCCAUGUCUGGUCGCGGCAAGGGCGGGAAAGGCCUUGGCAAGGGCGGCGCCAAGCGCCACCGCAAGGUUCUCCGCGACAACAUCCAGGGCAUCACCAAGCCCGCCAUCCGCCGCCUGGCCCGCCGUGGCGGAGUCAAGCGCAUCUCCGGCCUCAUCUACGAGGAGACCCGCGGGGUGCUGAAGGUGUUCCUGGAGAACGUGAUCCGCGACGCGGUCACCUACACGGAGCACGCCAAGCGCAAGACCGUCACCGCCAUGGACGUGUCUACGCGCUCAAGCGCCAGGGCCGCACGCUCUACGGCUUCGGCGGCUGAGCUGCUCAACCAACCUCCCAGCUUUAUUCUCUUAAAGGCCCUUUUCAGGGCCACCCACUCGACUCUCUUAAAGGGCUGUAGCAUCCUGGCAAGUUCCGCUCUUUCCAGGAUUUGGGGCUUACGUGGUUCGGUCGGCUACGUACUGGAUCCUUCAUUCACAGGGUCUCCUGUUGGUGGGGUGGGCAACAGGAGGGUCCCGAGAGAAGAAAGAAACAUCCAGCCUUAUUGUUUAGCUCGUGUGCGUCUCCUGUGUUCACGUCUUUGUCUAACUUCUGUGCGUUCAGUGUGAGGUACCCAGUUGGCU